AUGCGCUUGACCUUCUUCAUUAAAAAUGAUACGACAAUGCGUCGUGGAAAACAGGAUGAGAAGAAGGCAGAGCAGGAACGACUUCAGAAUAUUCUCCUGGAUAUGCUGAAAGAAGAUGAAAAUAAAUAUUGUGCCGAUUGUCAAGCCAAGACACCCAGAUGGGCUGCCUGGAAUCUUGGGGUUUUCAUUUGUAUUCGUUGUGCAGGAAUUCAUCGGAACCUAGGCGUUCAUAUUUCUAAGGUACGUUCCGUCAAUCUAGAUUCAUGGACAGCGGAACAGGUGCAGUCUAUGCGGGUUAUGGGUAACGAAAAAGCGCGUAAGGCUUACGAGCAUUCCCUUCCGGAUCAUUUCCGCCGAUCAAUGGCCGACCAUCAGAUGGAGCAAUUCAUUCGUGCUAAGUACGAACAGAAAAGAUAUAUGAUGCCAAAUUUCGUUUAUCCUCGUGUAGAUGUUAACGAUUUACCUAAAGCGGGUCAAUCAGUCACGAAACACAGAAGUACUACUGCUGCAACUUCACUUACAUCGCCGACUAGUAUACGGGUACCUGCUUUAGCAGCAGCCUCUCCUACACCUAAACAACAAUCCGCUGUCGUUAGUGAUCUCUUGGAUUUCUCAUCACCAGCUAGUCCAUCGAAUCAGGCUAAUGGGGAUCAUUCGCUUACUGGAGACUUGGCAUCUCUUUCUCUCACGAGCGAACAGAACGCAUCUGCAACAAAGUCGUCAGAUCUCGACGACAUGUUUGGAUCGUUUGCCUCCGCUCCUGCCAUAGACACAGCUGUGGCAACUGCUGCAUCGGAACAAGCAUCACCUACGGGAUCUGUUAAGCAGCAGGACUCACAAACUGUGGCGACCUCGCAAGCUGCGGGUGAUCUUAUGUCGUUGUCUACAGGCGGCGCUGUGAACGGUGAAAAGAAGUCUAACGCGGACAUUCUUUCCCUUUUUGGAGACCAGUCAAAGGGUCCAUUGCACCCUAUCAUGCCUGUUGGAGGUUUUGCAGCAUUUGGGCUCCAAGCUGUUCCACCUCAGGCUCAACAGCAAAUGCCAGGAGCGGUCUUCGGUGCUCCUUCUGUAGGAACAGCAACAAUGAGUGGGACACCGAUGGGUGCUCCUAGUACGGCUUUACCACCUAUGACUGCACCGUUCGGUGGAAUGGUCCCACAACACCCAUAUGGUUUCCCGAAUCCUUUCGAACAACAAGGAGGAGGAGGACCGAUGAUGUUGCAAGGCACACAGUUUGGAAUGAUGGCUCCCGCUCCGAAGAGUCCUCCAUCAACGAUGCAGCAACACUCACCAAGCACACCAUCUGCCUACUCAACGCGAGCUAACAAUGCGUUUGCGGAUCUUUCUAUUGGGAAGGUUCUGAACAUGAACUAUAUGGGCGGAAAGCAGUCGGUACCUCCAACUUCCACAAAGGCGCAGCCGGCUUCAACCCCAUCUAACAUGAACUUCGAUGACUUACUCGGAGCAAAGGAAGUGCACGACAUUAAUCAAUCCCUGUGGAGACGCGCUUCGGAUGUCCCCACACUUUCGACUACAAUUCCGAAUCGUUUGAGGUGUCUUUAUCCUCCCGGACAAGGAGUGCUGCCAAUUUAUCGAUCCUGGAGGCAAAGAAAGAAUUGCUGUGAUGAAGGCGCUUCAUUUCCUUCCUUCCUCAAAGUAAAGGAUAAAAGAACAAAGUGUCCAGCGAUAAUCAGUCUGCAUCGGAUCCCUUACUCUUUCGACUUCCCCUCAGAAUCGUUUGAGACAAAUCUGGUACCGAUUUAUCAACCCUGA